AUGCACCGCCUAGGCCGGGCGCUCCUGGGCGGGUUCGCCCGCGCCCGGGGGUCCGUGCCGCGGCGGGCGGCGGCGAGCGGCGAGGAGGAGCAGUUUGUCUUCCUCGAGUACGAGCCGCCGCCGCAGGCGGUGCCGGAGCGCAGGGAGGCGCCGGCGGCGGCCCGCCCGAAGGCGGCGCCGGCGGCGGCGGAGGAGGAGCGGCGGCGGCGCGGGCCGGCGGCGGCUGCGGCGGGCGGCGCUGAGCCGUGGGCGGAGGCGCCGAGCGGCGUGAGCUGCUCGGGCUGCGGGGCCGAGCUGCAGUGCCGCGACGGCGCGGCGCCGGGCUUCCUGCCGGCCGACAAGUACCGGAGCGCGGCGGGCGGCGCGGCGGGGCUGCGCGCCGCCGUGUGCCAGCGGUGCUGGCUGCUGGCGCACCACGGCCGGGCGCCGCGCCUGGAGCUGCCCGCCGAGCGGCACCGGCUGGUGGUGAGCGCCGCGCUGCGCCACCCGCCGCGCCACGGCCGCGGCCCGCUCCUCCUCUACGUCCUCGACGUGCUGGAGCUGCCCGACCCGGUGCUGCCCCAGCUGCCGGCGCUGCUCAGCGCCGCCACCCCCGCCGCCGCCGUCCUGGUGGUGGGCAACAAGGUUGACCUGCUGCCCCGCGACGGCCCCGGGCACCUGGAGCGGCUGCGGCGGCGGGUGGUGGCGGCCUGUGCCCGGGCGGGCCUGCGCGGGGCCCCGCUGGCGGGCGUCCGGCUGGCCAGCGCCAAGACCGGCUUCGGCCUCGAGGGGCUCGUCAGCCGGCUGCAGCGCUCGUGGCGGGCCGCCGGCGACGUCUACCUGCUGGGCGCCACCAACUCGGGCAAGUCAACGCUCUUCAACGCCCUGCUGCGCUCCGACUACUGCAAGUCCCGCGCCCCCGACGCCGUCGGACUCGCCACCGUCUCGUCCUGGCCAGGAACAACACUCAAUCUGCUAAAAUUUCCAAUCAUUAACCCCACCUGUGACAGGAUAUUCCGAAGGCAGGAGAGGCUUAAUGCAGAGGCAGAAAAAACAGAAGACCAGCUGAGUAAUGAAGAAUUAAAGUACCUUAAUCACCUUAAAAAGCAAGGUUACUUAGUGGGAAGAGUCGGGAGAACGUUUCAACGGCCGAAGCCUAGCCCUGUGGUUGACUUUGACCCUGACGUGCUCUCGUACAGUGUGGACGAAGAUCCCAGCUAUUCGCCUCACAAGCACAAGGAGAAGGAAGAGUUCACAUACAAUGAAGUAAAGGAUGCUCGCUGGUGUUUUGAUACACCAGGGAUCGCAAAGGAAAACUGCGUUUUGAAUCUUCUGACAGACAAGGAAAUAAAGCUGGUUUUGCCAAUGCAUGCCAUUGUUCCACGGACCUUCAUCCUCAAGCCAGAAAUGGUCUUGUUUUUAGCAGCCUUGGGACGUAUAGACUACUUACAGGGAGAAAAACCCGCCUGGUUUUCUGUCGUGGCUUCUAAUCUGUUGCCAGUCUACAUUACUACCCUGAGUAAAGCAGAUGCCAUCUAUGAGAAGUAUGCUGGCAAGGAGUUACUGAAGGUUCCUAUGGGUGGCGAAGAGCGAAUGAAGGAGUUCCCCCCACUUAUCCCUCAGGACGUUACGCUGGAGGGAAUUGGUACCACCGAGGCAGUCGCGGACAUCAAGCUUUCCUCCGCAGGCUGGGUGGCAGUGACAGCUCACGCGCAAGAGAAACUGCUGUUGCGAGCCUACACUCCCAAGGGAACCGCCUUGGUGGUGCGGGAGCCUCCGCUUUUGCCGUACAUCUGUAACAUCAGAGGUGCCCGGAUCGCAGGCACUGCUGCCUAUAGGACCAAAAAGCCUCCUUCCCGGGUAGAAAACCUGAAGACCACAGGGAGCAGAUAGCAACCAAAGUCCACAUCUUUUGCUGUCUCAGAGGAGAAGAAGAAGAUGGAGGAAAAAAAGCCUCUGGAGAACCUCCUUGCUUAUUGAUGUUCAGGAGAGCUUGGACUCCCUUUUAAAACACGAGCACGUUCUGGAGAGCAGACCUGGAGGGGGAAGUAAAGCAUCUGCUUCAGGACUCUGCGAGUCCUGGUCUGACUACUGAACUGCAGCCAUCUCAGAUGAGCUGAGUGAUUGGUCUCGGGGAGAAGCUACAUUUCACCUCCCUCAAGGUACCAGCCAGUGUCGAAGAGUUCCUCUUCCCCUCUCCACCCCCCCCUUAAAAUACAGGUUGGAAACUCAGUUGCCUGCCCUAGGCUGGCUCUGUGCUGCUUCUAGAGUAGGACUACAUCUGUUUAUAACAACCAGAAGUUAGGUCCUAUCAGCCCUUCAACAUCUAGAGUAGACUAGGCAGUACAUCGCCCUGCUUUUGGAGAUGGGAAAGGUGAAUAACAAAAAGCAGGGCUGCUCACACGUGUGGAGAGGAAGCUUCUGCAACUCACUGCUUUGAUUUGAUCUCUAGCUUGUUUGAAGGUUUCUGAAACUGGGUAUGUAAUAAAACCUUUCAAAGAUGUUUA